AUGUCGGAAGUGAUGGAUUCGUUGGUAAAUGAUGAGUUUGAGAUAAUAGAAGGAGCUGAAGAUGAAACAAAUGAAAAUGAGGCUUGGACAAUGCAACAAACUAUUCGAAUCGAUAAAAUUUCGCUUCCACCCAAUUAUGUUUUUUCGCCAAUUGAGAAUCAUAGUUUGGCCGAACCACUUGCAUCACAAAAACCAAGGUGAACUAAGACUUCUGAAGAUUUCAUUUCUAAUUCAAUGAAAAAAGCUUCCAAUUUUUGUUUCACACGAAAAAUAUUCAACUUUUUCAAUAAUUUGAUUGUGAGUAUAGUUUUCUAGUAAAAAAUCCCAAAUUUUCAGCUUCGAAACUCCGAUUCUUGCCGGUUCUGUUGUUGCAGAAGAAAGAAAAAUUGAAGAAAACGACAAAAGAUCGGUCGCCUCUUCGAUCAACAAUACACUUCACGAUGUUUCAAUUAUUCCUGGAUCUGAGAGUUCUUCUAUUCAACCAGAAUCUUUGAUUCAUUUAAACUUGGAAGAAGCUGAACAAGCUUUGAAGAAUUCGAUUAUUUAUGUUGGAGAACUCAAAAAACGACUCGAUAUUCAAACUUUGAAAAUUGAGGAAUUGAAAAAUUCCGAAAAAUUCGAAGUUGAAAAAUUGUUGGAAGAACAAAAAGAAGAAUUUAAGAAACAAAUGGAAGAGUUUGAAACAUUGAAAAAAGAAGAAAUCGAAAUAUUAUUGAAAGAGAAAAAUGAGAAGAUUGAGAAACUAAUGGAAGAAUUUGAAGUUUUGAAGAAAGAAGAAGUCGAAAAAUUGUUGAAGGAACAAAAGGAAGAACAAUUGAAAAACUUGACAGAUAUUCAAUCAGAAUAUAGUUUGAAAUUGAGAGAAUCUGAAGCUAUUGUUGAAGAAUUGAAAUCUCAAUUGGCUGCGACAAGUCAAUGCGCUCAAAUUUGGAAAGAAAAUGCGGAAAAACACAGUUAUCGAGAUGAAAAAACUAUUGUUGAUCGAUUGACCGAAGAAAACAAGAUGUUGAGGUACUUUUUUUUUUGAAAUUUGGAAUUUUUAAGCAUACCCGAUUUGAGAAAAAAUUUCCCAACUGUUUUUUUUUUUUUGGCUUGAAAAAAUUCCAAUUUUUCUCACACUCUUGUAUCAUAAUUAAUUAAUUUCCAGAGAAAAACUCGAUUUUGAAGUCGCAAAACGUAUCGAACAAACCGAGUUACGUAAAAUGUAUGAAAAUCAACUCAAAGGAAAUGCCAUCGAUGUUCCAGUUUCAAUUAUUGCAAAACAAUUGGCUGAUAAAAAUGAUUAUGCUUUGCAAUUGGAAAAAGAGGUAAGUUUUUUUUUCCGAAUUCCGAAUUCAUUUUUCAAAAAUCCCUAUUUUCAGUUGAUGAAAAUCCGCGAGGAAUUGAAAAACACACAAAAGACGUUGGAUUUGAUUAAAGAGGAAUCGACAAAUCACGAACAAAUUGUACAGGUUUUGCGUGAAGUGAGCUUUUUUUGUUAGAAAAUUAGAUUUUUGAAUUUAACAAAAUGCUGUGUGAACGUUUGAAGAGCUUUUGAAGUGCAGAAUAUCUGAAUUCAGAAGUUGAUCGUUUUCAAAUCAGAUUUCCAGGCAAAUCCUGUUUUCUUUCACAACUUUCCAACAAAUUAAUUAUUUCUAUAAUUUUUGAUCCGAAGAUAGAAUAUGAGUUAGGUUUUUUUUUAUGAAAAAGUUUGAAAUUCGUACCAAAAUAAUUUUUUUUUCAAUUUGGACUCGGCUAAAAACCUAGUCCAUCGAGUUACUUUCAGUGUGCUCAUCAAAUCCGAAAUUAUUAGAUUCAUCCAAAAACCUUUCUAAAUUUCCAGGAUCAAGUAGAAAGUACUCGCCAAUUGGCCGCAAGCCAAAACCGUAUCGAUGAAUUGGAGCGCAUUUGUCAACAAGCAGUCGCUUCAAAUGAUAAUUUUGGAUCAAUGUAA